CAUGAGAGAAACAUCAAAUGAUAUUCCAUAAUUGAAAUUAUUUUUUCAAAGCCUUUAGUCAGUGGAAAUUACGAAAGAACUUAAGUAAUAUUGAGUUUGUUACGCCUGCUCAAAUCAUUCGAGUUAUCAUUUACCUAAAGUCAUUAAUUCGUAUCCAAGUCGACACUUUGUACUCGUUAGUCGCGUAACACUAGUCUUGGUCCACGGAUCGUCUGUGGUCUGUCUGUGUGCUGUGCGGCAAACGGGAUAACUCUUUGGUCAAACUAAAUAAUGAUAAAAUAAUUAUAGCACCAUUGGGUAAUUAUAUUACAAACAAUAACAAACGUGCGCAAAAAUAACAAAUAAAUAAACAAUAAAACAAAAAUGCAUCGACGCAGAGGGCCAAAUUUUACUUAUGUCAGUGGAUGUGUGAAAUAUAUGAUUUUUGUGUUAAAUUUUAUCUUUUGGUUGUUUGGCGGUCUGCUGAUUGGCGUGGGACUGUACGCUUUUAUAGAUAAAUGGCAGGCUACUGGACUGGUGAAGUUGGACACUGUAUACGAUGUGAUGAUAAAUAUAUCGCUGGUGAUCGCGCUGCUCGGCGGCGUGGUGUUCAUCGUCAGUUUCGCGGGCUGUGUCGGCGCGCUCAGAGAGAACACUUGCCUGCUUAAAUUUUACUCGUUAUGCCUACUGAUCUUAUUCCUGGUGGAAAUGGGCGGGGCUGUCUGCGGGUUCGUGUUCCCGCGUUCGCUGCACGGACUUCUCGAGCUGAGCUUCACGGAGAAGAUAGUGCAUGCGUACAGAGACGAUCAGGACCUGCAGAACUUCAUCGACUUCGCGCAGAAAGAUUUCCAUUGCUGCGGGCUCACGUCAGACGGGUACAUGGAUUGGUCUAAGAACGAGUAUUUUAACUGCUCGUCGCCGUCGGUCGAGAGGUGCGGGGUUCCGUACUCGUGUUGCAUCAACGCUACCGAUAUAUCGUCUGGGCUCGUGAACAUCAUGUGCGGGUACGGCGUGCAGAACUAUCCGGUGGCCGAGGCGAGCAAGCGCGUGUGGACGAGCGGGUGCAUCGAGAUCGUGCGGUCGUGGGCGGAGCACAACCUCUACACCAUCGCGUCCGUGGCGCUCGGCGUGGCGCUGUCGCAGCUCUUCGUCAUCUACCUCGCCAAGACGCUCGAGGGACAGAUCGAGCUGCAGAAGGCCAGAUGGCAGACAUGAAACAGGGGAAGCAUGGGCGCGUACCGCGAAGAGUGUCGGCGCGCGCUGCUGUAGCCAGCACCGCUGCCGGGAGUCGACCCCGCGCCCCUCCGGUACUAGCCACGGACAUGUGCCAUUGUACUAUACUGCCAGUGAGACAUGUGAUAGUGAAAAUGUGUGUACUUGGUGUUAACAGUUAACUUCAAGCAAAGUGAAUGAUGAAUUCAAGAUAAAUGCGUCAUAUUAUGUGUAUAUGAAGUUAGGAAAACAGUGUGACUGCUCCAUUUCUCUCUAGUAUAAAGCUCGUGUUACAUAACUUGUAUAAAUGAGUGACAAAUAGGAAGGGAUUUGCAACUUUAUGCAGGUUGUCGACCAAAAACUAAGCUAACUUAGUAUAGCUCGCAUAAGUGAUAAAAUACACACUUUCAUUUGCAUAGUAUGCAGUCAGCACACACAUAAAAAAUGUCACAGCUGUACUAAACUUGCUUAGUUUUUCGAUCAACUUGGAUUAUGCUAGUACAAUUAGAUCCCAAGGUGUUCUAACCCUUUUAAUUAAGAGAGAGACUACUGAAAUGAAUGAACUUAUGCCAGGUAGGCAUUUAUGAUGUGCUUCUGAUUGCCAUCUGGCAUGCUGACUUGCCAGUAUCGGGUGUACGUGCAAGAGUAUGUAUCACGGGCGUUAACUGUGCGUCAAAAUAUUGACGUAACUAGACGUCAAUAAUUAUAACAAUAGAAUACUCAAACCAUUUUAUAUAAGAAAAUAGGCUCAUAAUACUUAAGUUGUGUCGUUAUAGUACGAAAUAAUUCAGAGUAGAAUCACGUUUUAACGUCCGUAGUAAUGUCAUUAUACGAAAUAAAUUGAUGUCAUUUGUAAAUAUUUUAAUAAAAAAAAUAUAUCAAAAAUAUGGUGUGCGGAUCUAGUGCGUGCCAACUAUCUAUUGGUAAUAUAUUUAUGUACAUUCCUAAUAUACUUAUUAUAUCUGUAAUAAUUAUAAAAAUAGGUCUAAAUUAAUACCUAUUAGUAAGAUUCUGUUGUCCAUUUUCAUAUUCCAUAACAAAAAUGUACACACGAUAAAUCCUAUAUCAAUGUAAAGAAAAAGAAGGAACUGACUAUGUCUUACAUUCCAGUGAAUAAUGAUUUAAAAAGAAAUAUGCAUAAGGCGUACAUUCACGUUGACGACCUAACUUUGAUUAUACAGUCUUGCUGGGUCCUGCCAAAUUGUCCGUUUAACGAUCAAAACUAUAAGCGAUCUUAAUCCAUACACCGGAUCGAUAGCAGAAAUGGAAUAACCAGAAUAAAGUUCCUUAUGCUCACAUAUUACUUAAUUGAUUCAUUUUUAGAAUUCAUCUACAGGAAUCGACCGGGGGCCUCAAUCUCUAUCUCAUAGAAGUCGUAACGGCCGUGUUACGUUGUCUUCGUGAGAUUUGCGUGGAAUGGUAUUCUGAAUGCCAAUUUCAAUUGUCAAAAUACUUGUGGCAAUGGGAAUCAGAAUAUCCAAAAAUUGCGCGACUUGUAAUCGAUGUUUUAUUUUGUCAGUGAUUGAUCGAGAGACCAAUGCGCCGAUCAUGUGUUAAUCUCACCCAGUCCCAAUAAAAUGACAGAGUUGUGACGUCUCUUACCACUUUCUAAGGACACUGGAUCGUUAGUUUUGUAAACAAACGUGAUUAUACGUCCUUCGCCGAAACACUGCCAGUGUUUCGGCGAAAGACGUAUAACGUGUGUUGCGAUCCCACAUUUUAAGGGCCCUGGAUCAUUUAUUUUUGCAAACUAACGUGAUUAUACGUCCUUCACCGAAACACUGGUGCUGCACGUCCCACAUUCUAAGGACACUGAACCGUUAUAUUGCAAACAAACGUGAUUAUACGUCUUUCACCGAAAAACUGGUACUGCACGUGUGUUUGAUAUACAAAAAAAAACAGCCCUGACACUGACCGUUUCUGCAUGUUGGAAUGUACCUCGAACUUUUUGUCUCAACAUAAAUUCUAGUGGAAAUACGAAUUGAAAUUUCGUUGUCAUUGUCUCGAUUUUUUUUGUCGAAUGGUAAAACAUGGCUAGCGACAUGGAAAUAAUUGCAUUUUAUUUAUGUAUUAAUGUUUUUUUUUAAGUUAUAUAAUAUUAUAGUAAAUUUGAAAAGUGUUUAUAAAAUGAAAACAAUUUUGUUGAUAUUGAUUUGUGCCAUAUAUGGCCAGUAUUUGUCAACAAUAUAGCCAAUUUAACAUGGAACCAUUAAUUUAAUAUGCAAUAAUAUUUACUUCUUAAAUAUUUAUUUGCACCGUCAUAUUGAUAUACAGCAUGUCCCAUUAAAACUGGAUCAGAAAUCAAUACAUUUUCCCCUUUGCUUAUAAAUACAAGAUUGACCAUUAUGGAUAGGAAUAGGGUUUGUAAAAAAAACAAGUUCUGUUUGUACAAAUUCUUGCUGUUAAUUGAUAACAAAUAUUAAUAAAAGAGUCCAUACAAACUUUAUAAAAGCUGCAUUAAUGUUAAAUUAACAACUAGUAAUGCCUUCCUCGGAGGUGUAGUUGUUAUACGGUACGAUUGUUCGAUGUCUCGUGUUCGAUUCCCGGGUCGGGCAAAGUGAUAUUGGGUUUUUCCACUCAUUAUCAGCCCGGAGUCUAUUUAGGGCCGAUAUGGCGAUAGGCUCACCCUCUAUCACACGUCGGAAUACAAGGCGGAAAGUGGGUGUACCAGUUACACCUCUGCCUACCCCUUCGGGGAUAAAAGGCAUGAGUGUGUGUUACACUCAGAAAUAUUAAUGUAAACUAAAUUAAUAAAAUCCUUCUUACCCGAAUUUCUACCACGGCGGCCAAUCUCAACGGAGAUCAGCCAAGUACACAAGAGAUAUUACAGUGCUAAGUGGUGCGCAAUACACAAGUGCACUAUCUGUUCCUUCACUCUCAUUGGACUAUGGGAGGUUGGUUUAAGUAAUAACUUGAGUGUAUUAAAAGUUAUAAAAUAAUCUCGGAUUUUGUAACAAAUAUGUUUUGCCAAAAAAUAUGACUGAAUUGCGCAUAUUUCCGUUGAAAAAAAUGACUGAAUUUUUUAAAUUUCGAACUGAUUUUAGUGAAACGUUCCGUUUUUUGUGAUAAUUUAUCGUUAUUUAAAUUUAUUGCCAAAAGAAUUUGCUCCUUUUUAUGUUUGCUCAGAAACAUAUUUUUAAUUAUGUCUGUAUUUAAAUAUAUUAUGAACUCUAUGUACUAGGGAAAAGAAAUUCAAAUUGCACUCACCGAACUGAAGGCUUCGCGGCUAACGAUUUAAACUCAUGUAAAUAAAGUCGAUUUUACUAUAAUAAAUAAUAAUUUUAUCUUCUAUAAAUCUUCCGUAAUAGUUGGUGCAAUAUAAGUAGUAUAAAUUGUGAAAGCCAGUAUAGAAAAUAGUGUAACAUUAUACUUAGUGCAGUUUGAACUAGUAUUAUGAACAAAUUGUAUAUACCAAGGGAAAUGUUAACAAAAAUACCUACAAAAUAACUCAAAAUAGUCAUCUCAUCAUGGCAGAUAUUUUUGUUUACAUUGUUCACAAAAUUCAUAGCACUUAUUACCUUAUAAUAAAGCUCAGUAUUGAAUACAAAUCAAAUUUAAUAUAAUUUAAGAACAAUAAGUAAUAAUUGUCGCCUAGUUCAUAACGAAAGCAUUUAUUUUUAAAUAUAUUAUCUUUGAUACAUUUAAUCUCAGUGGAAGAAUAUAACGAAGCAGUAUGCCGAGUUAUUUUAAAUCUUAUAAUAAUAAUUAUAGUGUUCAUAUUUCUAAAUUCGGUGUUACAUUAAGUAUUAUUAAACACAAAAGAGUACAUGCAAAAUGUAUGUAGAAAUUUGGGCCAAAAGAAAGCGCGCAUUAAAAUAGCAAAAACACUAUAAAUAUGUAAGGAGUAUUAAACACUAACCCCCUUAUUCAUACAUGUUAUUUAUCGAAGGACAAAGCAUUGAUGUGAUAACAAGUCUGUUUCUCAGCUUCGUUUAUCUAACGGCUUGCUGUUUGUUCAGCUUUGUUUAUCUGACAGCCAACUAGAUUCAAGUUGUAUCUCAAUAUUAGCCAAUCACAACGGCCCUAUGUCUACGCACUGCGAAGGCUGCCAUGCCGUCAUCACUGAGAAACAGACUUGUUAUCACAGCAAUGCUCCGUCCUUAGAUAAAUAACGUCUAUGAAUAAGGGAGCGUGGUUUUAUAGUUGUUUUGGAACCAAAAUGUGGUUAUAUAGAAUAAUUUGUAGGAUCAAAAAAUAGUGAAUUUAUUGUGCUGUUGAUAGUAAAAAAAUGUUUUUGAUAUUAUUUUUCACUCGUCCGAAUUUGAUAUAGUACCUUCGCGACAAUUAUUCAUAGUUAUGAAUGGCAUCGAUCGUAGUGUACGUAGUACGUGAGAUUUAGUUGCAUUACCACGAGUUCUCAUUUAUUAUUCGUAAACAUGAAUUUUAAUGUUUAUUAAAAAAUAUAUAUUGUAUUUUUUUAACUCUAUUAUUGAUACAGAAUUUAAAAUGUUCGCUUCCAAAACGAAUAUAAAAUCACGGUGUAUAUUACAUCAUUUUUGGGUUUGUCGUAUCAAUCUAGAAUUUUCUAAAUUACAAUUAUCAGACAUGUAUCACUUACAAUCCUUGUAAACACGGACCUCGACAAUGGACAAAUUGGCCUCACAUCUACCAUACUGUCUUAAUGGGUUCGUAGACUUCACAUACCUUCAGAUUCCUGUAUGUCCAGAUUACCUCGCGUUAGUUUCCUUCCUUCUUUUCUUAAUGCAUCUCAAAAAGUCAAUAAUGUUGCUUAUUAGUUAUUAUAGGAUAUCAUAUAAAAUACCUCUCCUAUCCCUUGAUAUGUAUAAACUUGCGAUAGCCUAGUUGAGAGCAGAAUGGACUGACAAGACGAAUGUCCGCAGGUUCAAAACCCAAGCGCACCUCUGACUUUUAUAAAGUUAUGUGUGACUUAACACUUGCUUUAACACCUUCGAAGCGACACGGAUUAUUCCAUACUUUUCUUUGUCGCACUGUUAGCUAGAUAUGCACAAGAUGUUUCAGACCUGGUUUCGCACUCAACGUGUUACUGGGUAAAAACAUCGUGAGGAAACUAGCAUAACUGUAAGGUUCUUAAAAAAAUCGAAGGUAUGUGAAGUCUGCCAAUCAGCAUUAUGCCAGCAUGGUGGCCUAAACCCUGUCAGUAGAGAAGUCCGUGCCCAGCAGUGGGACAGUAUAUAAUACAGGGUUGAUAUUAUUAUUUACUUCUACUAAUAAUAAAUUAUGGAGCGCCAACCCAAUGGCUUAUUACAACCAUUUUUCAAGAGUUCAAAAAAAGGAUUUGCCAUAACCGAAUAGAUAUAAUACAAAUAGUUAUUAAAAUGUAAGUAUUUUUAGUUAUUGUUAUAAUAACCAAAUAUAAUAUAAUUUCAAUAUAUCUCGUAAUUUAGGAUUAUCUAGAAAUAUUUGUAAAUAAUGAAAGUAUUCUAAAUGUAUUUCGUUAAAUAUAAAAACUCUAGUAGUA